AUGGUCCAGUUCUCCGCUAUCACCUCCUUCGUUCUUCUCGCUGCGAGUCUGACGAUCGCGCACCCUACCGGUCAUAUGAGCCAGGGUGAGCUCACCCGCCGUGCCGAGUUCCAAAAAGCUACGCGUCGUUCUCUCGGGCAAUGCCAGGACCAGUUGAAGCGUCGCGGUCACCUCGAGAGGUCCGCUGCACGCCGCGCGACUCUCGCUAACGACCUCCGUAAGAAAAGAGGACUUGCAGCUCGUACUCCUUACAAGCGCGCCCUUACUAUGGAUGAAGUCCUGGCUACGAGCCACGAAUCGAACACGACUGGUCUUACCGUCGACUCUGAUCCAUUCGACGGAAACGCGUCUUGCAUCCUUGCACCUGAGGUCACCCAGGGCCCUUACUACGUCGACGGUGAAUAUGUCCGAUCUGAUAUCACCGAUGACCAAGAGGGCGUCUACACCUACGUUGACGUGGAACUCAUUGAUGUAUCAACCUGCGAGCCGGUCUCGGAUGUUUACAUCGAUUUCUGGCACUGCAAUGCGACAGGCGUCUACGCUGGUGUAGUCGCUUCCGGGAAUGGUGAUUCCUCCGAUGCUACCAAUGUGAACAAGACUUUCCUUCGUGGCAUCCAACCCACCAACGAGGAGGGUUAUGCCCAAUUCGAGACAAUCUUCCCUGGCCACUACACCUCGCGAGCUACCCACAUCCACAUCAUUGCUCAUGGCAACGGAACCGUCUUCGACAACGGCACUUUCAAGGCCGAAUCCAGUGACCAUCACGUUGGCCAAUUCUUCUUCGACCAAGACCUCAUCACCGUCGUCGAAGCUACCUCUCCCUACACCUCCAACACCCAGGAACUCACCACCAAUGCUAACGAUUCCAUCAUGGCCCAAGAAGUUGAGGAUGAGACAGAUGGCAUCGAUCCCGUUCUGGAGUAUGUUUACCUCGGUGAUGACGUUUCGGAUGGCCUUCUCGCUUGGGGUUCCAUGGCCAUUGAUCUCUCCUCGAGCUACACGAUUUCCUCUGCCGCCACUUUGACCGAGGAUGGUGGUGUGAUGUCUGAGAGCAGUGGAGGCAUGGGUGGAGGUCCGGACAGCGGCAAUGGAACCGCUCCUGGGAACGGCACUACCACGGCCUAA